UUCCCCCAUCACCUCCCCUUCCCUUUCCCCCCUCACCUCCCAUUCUUUUUCUUCAUCUCUUCACCAGAAUCUGGCCAUCACUAAAUUAUCCACAGUUGCUUCAGUCAUAAGGAAAGUAACCACCCUACAGAGACACCAACAGAGCCUUCCCCUCCAGAAAAGUGGCUUUUUGCAGGGUCCACACAAGGCUAACAAUGGUAAUCCAGUUUCACGGACUCCUCAGACCUGUGACCAGGCAGAGCAGGGAGGGGGCUGUGCCCAGAGCCCAGAGGACCCUGCUUCGGGGGACUCACUGGGGAACAUCAACUCUCAAGGUCCAGUGCUGGGCUCUUUGCCCCAUCCGAGGUGGUUGGAGCCCAUCUCUUUAGUGAGACUUGGAGCACAAAGACAAAGCUCUGAGCUAGAAGCUACAUCUGGGCAUUCUUGGCUCUGCCUCGAUGGAGACUGCUGGGAGGUCAUUUUGCAAAGCCUUGAGUCUUCCCAAGACCUUGAGACUACUAAUGUAAAAAUCCUACGGGCCAAAAGCCCUAGGCCAAAGCCUCUCCAGAGGAAGGGGGCGGGCACUGGCCCCCCCAGAGAUGUCCAGAUGCCAGAGGAGGGACUUGGGUCCAUGCAGCCAUCACCCCCACCAGAGUCGGAUCAUCCAGACUGGUCUGCACAGUCUCCGAGCUCAGGGCCCCAUUCUAUGGGCAGUCUUUCCUUGAGACCUGCCCUUUCUGGGAGAAGGACAGAACCUUGGUUCUUUGACUGGUUCUGUGGCUUUGAGACAGACUUGUGUGGUUGGCAGCAGAAUGGGACCGGUGCUGUUUGGGUGCUCACUCGAGAGCAGAACAGUGAUCCCUGGAUGAGCAGCCACCCCAUGGAGAGCUCUUGUACUUUCCCUGGAGGAAGCCAUCUGUCUCUGAAGAGCCAGACUUCUCCACAAACAAUCCCCAAAGCUGUUCUGAUUAGCCCAAUUUUGCAUGGAGCCAGAUGGGUGCGAUUUUGGUAUGGUCCCCUGCAGCCAGCCAUGGGAACCAUUAGUGUCUAUGUCUACUCUCGGGCUCAAUUUGGGUGGCAUCUAAUCUGGUCCAGCGUGGGGCACCGGAGCUUAUCCUGGAGCUGGGUAGAAAUGAAACUAUGGGCAUCCCGGAAGAUACAGGUGAUGGUGGAGGGGAUUCAAGGCCCAGAAGAUGGUGCUCAUGUGAGCAUUGAUAAUCUUUCUGUCUCUAGUCACCAAUGGCCAAAGGGAGAAACCAAGCUUCCUUGUCAGAGGAAGCUUUAAAUAAAGAUUGAAUUAAAAAAAUAAGUUCUGAGCUGUCAUAUUUGAGUUUUAAUAUUAAGGGGAACUUGCACAUAAAAAUUCAAUAUACUUAUUAAAUACCUAAUGUGAACCCAAAAUACAGUGUUAGAUAUCAGAUAGCUUUUUCCCUUUGUGGAAUUUACAUUUUAUGGGGAUUUUCAAGUAAAAUUGAGAUAAUUUGAGAAGGAUAAGGUGGAGUUGGACAGACUGGAAUAGGGAAGAUAGUAAAUUAGAGGUGAGGUGUUGAGGGCCUGAACAAGGGUAGGGAAAGUCAGAGGUAAAUUAGAAGAAAUUAUAGAGGUAGAAUCCACAAACUUUGAAGCAUAAUUUGAAGUUUGAGGGAGAAUAAAUUCGUGGAUAAUCCUGAGGUGAUUGAGAUGUGGGUGGUGCCCUCUAGAGAAGUAGAAGUAGGUGGGUCAGCAGACUGCCUUCCCUGCAGUAUAGAUUGGAACAGUAAGGUAUCCUAUUACCUAUUACUUCUGCUAUUAACUUGAACAGUUUAGCGGAC